AUGCCCAAAAUAUGUCAAAAUGUCAAAAAAUUUAAAAACGAAUUAAAAAACCAAUACAGUAUUUUAAGUGAUUGCCAGCAUGCAAUUUACCGAAGAUUUCCCCAAAUGAUAUUAGUUGGGUUUGCAGAAACAGUCGUCGAUACACCUACUUUACAGCAUUGUUUGGAUAAUUGUUUAAAAAGUCUCAAGCUUUAUGGUUUUCGUUGUUCUAGUGGAAUGUUUUACUUUGAGGAGCCCAAAUUAAAUUGUAUAUUAAACACUGAGGAUCGCAAAAGUCAACCAGAGCUAUUUAUUAUAGAAACUUCUGAUUUGGUUGAUUAUUUUGAGACAGGUUGGUUUAGGAGGCUAUUGGGGGGAGGGGGAGAACAUGGUCUGCUUUAUUCCUAA